UGUGCUGCAAUGUCAAAAUGUGGUCUAAUUUGUCAAUUCUUUCUUUUCUGUCAUGAAUUUUGUGAUUGUCGCUAAUAUUUUUUAUUAGGGCCGCAAAUUUUCAUUUAUCAGCCUCAUCUGCAAGCAUAUUUGUGCAUUUUCCUUUAAUACAUAAAGUUUUAAACAUGACUGACAAGGUUGAAGAACAAGUCAAGAAGAAGAGGACUUUUAAAAAGUUCACCUAUAGGGGCGUGGAUCUUGAUCAACUCCUUGACAUGCCCAAGUAAGCCCUAUUUUAAGCUAAUUUCUAUUGUGAUCACAACAUUCUUUUUUUUGUAGUGAACAGCUAAUGGAGUUAAUGCAUUGCCGUGCAAGAAGGCGCUUCACCCGCGGUCUAAAACGUAAACCAAUGGCUCUGGUGAAGAAACUCCGUAAAGCAAAGAAGGAAGCUCCUCCCCUAGAAAAACCAGAGAUUGUAAAGACCCAUUUACGAAACAUGAUCAUUGUUCCAGAAAUGGUUGGAUCUAUUGUUGGUGUUUACAAUGGAAAAGCCUUCACACAAGUAGAAAUCAAGCCUGAGAUGAUUGGACAUUACCUUGGGGAAUUUUCUUUAACUUACAAACCUGUUAAACAUGGUAGGCCAGGUAUUGGUGCUACUCACAGUUCCAGGUUUAUUCCUCUAAAAUAAGAUUGUUAAAUAAACUAUAUCAAUAAAUAAAAUCUUUUCCAGAAA